AUGAAGACAAGGGAAAAUGAGUCGGAUCCAUGUCGAAUUCAAGUUCUUCAGCUUUGGGGGGUCGAGGAUGGAUCGGAAGAAGAAGAUGGUGAGCGAGCUAAAGCAGGGUUAAAGAAGAGAAGUAACAGGAUUUUUUAUUUCUCGGUGCCUCACGAAGAAGAAGAAGAGUGCUCCAUGGAGAGUGAACCGGCUCCCAUGACCCGGCAGUUCUUCCCUCUCGAUAAAGACCAGGAAAUGGAGUCGAUGGCUGCUCAUGGUGUUAGGACUUUGAUAUAUUCUAGUACAUGUGCCACAUAUGGGGAGCCUGAGAAGAUGCCAAUCACUGAAGAAACCCCACAGGUUCCAAUCAAUCCAUAUGAGAAAGCUAAGAAGAUGGCAGAAGAUAUCAUCAUGGAUUUCUCUAAAAAUUCAGACAUGGCAAUACUUCAAUGUGAUCAGGUCAGAUCCAGACCUGAAGGAAGAUUAGGUGAUGCAGCUCAUGGUAUUAUUCUUGGUCUUAAGGUCAAGGGAAUGGACUAUAAAACACACGACGGGACUUGCAUUCGUGAUUAUAUCGAUGUUACUAACCUGGUCGAUGCUCAUGUGAAAGCUCUUCAAAACGCAAAGCCCCAUAAAGUGGGAAUUUACAAUGUUGGCACCGGAAGAGGUAGAUCUGUGAAGGAGUUUGUGGAGGCAUGUAAGAAAGCCACUGGGGUGAAGAUCAAAGUCGACUAUCUGCCCCGCCGACCUGGAGACUAUGCAAAAGUGUUUAGUGAUCCAACUAAGAUAAGGCGAGAGCUGAAUUGGAUAGCUCGAUUUACCGAUCUCCAGGAGAGUUUACAGAUUGCAUGGAGAUGGCAAAAGGCGCAUCACGACGGAUACACAUCAGCCUCUUAG